UUUAAUCUGCUUCAUAAUAAACCAAUCUUUUUGGUGGUUGUUACGCUAAACAUCAUACACCCGGACGAUCACUAUUUUCAAUUUCCCAACCCUGCUUUCACUGUGAUUUUGUUUUUGCUUAGGAUUCAAGCUCUCUUUUUUAUUCACACUCUCUACUUUUUUCUACUUUAUCUUUCACUAGGAAUUGGUUAUUUAACUCUUUUUUUUUUUCUGUCACAAUAAGAAAAGAAAGGUCAGUUUUUUUCUAUUUUCUUUCUAAGAUGAUGGCAAUUAAGGGUCUAACUUGGAAUAUCCCUUUGUCUCCUAUAAUUCCAUGACUAUGCAUUCAUGUCUAUUUCGUGUUGUUCCUGAUCUGGGAUUCAUCAGAUUCUGCUGUUUCUGCAUAUUCUUCACUCUUCUCUGGCAAAAGAACACUGCUUGGUUAGCAAAAAGCAUUUCAAAUAAUGGGUUGGCUGACCAAGAUUCUUAAAGGUUCAAGUAAUAAAGGGCGAUAUCAUGAGAGAUAUGGAGAUGGUAGAACUUGGGAUGAACCUCGCCGUUCAACGGAAGGCUCUGAUGGUUUUGACAAAGAUGAAAUUGAUUGUGCUAUUGCAAUUUCCCUUUCAGAAGUAGACCCAAAAGGCAAGAAAGUAAUAGAAGAUGAGUCUGAACCGGAGGAGGAAUCAGACGAGGAUGUAGCAGUUGAUGGUCACAUAGAGGAUGAUGAUGAAAAAUAUGUUGAAUCUCAUGUGGAGGAGGAAGAGGACAGCUAUGCCAAAGCUCAUGAAGAGAAAGAGGAUGACCGACAUGCCAAAGUUCAGCAAGAGGAAGAUGAAGAUCUCGCUAAAGUUCAAUUGGAAGAAGAUGAACAACUUGCUAAGGCAAUUCAAGAAAGUUUAAAUGUGGAGUCUCCACCUCGUUCUGGUCAUGGGGGUUUAUUUUCUCCUUAUCCAUUCUUCUUUUCAGCUAGUUACAGAAUCUGUGCUGGUUGCAAUGCUGAGAUUGGUCAUGGACGAUACCUUAGUUGCAUGGGUUCUGUUUGGCAUCCAGAAUGUUUCCGCUGUCAUGCUUGCAACCAGCCAAUUAAUGAUUACGAGUUUUCGGUUUCAGGGAAUCGUCCUUUUCAUAAAUCCUGCUAUAAAGAGCAGCAUCAUCCAAAAUGUGAUGUUUGCAGGAAAUUUAUACCGACAAAUCCAGCUGGUCUUAUUGAGUACAGGGCACAUCCCUACUGGAUGCAAAAGUACUGCCCCUCUCAUGAGCGAGAUGGCACUCCUCGCUGUUGUAGUUGCGAAAGAAUGGAGCCCGUAGAUGUAAAAUAUAUAUCACUUGAUGAUGGUCGGAGGCUGUGCCUAGAGUGUCUAGAUUCUGCAAUUAUGGAUACUCAUGAAUGCCAACCUCUCUACCUUGAAAUCCAAGAAUUUUAUGAAGGAUUAAAUAUGAAAGUUGAACAACAGGUUCCUCUCCUUCUGGUUGAGAGGCAAGCUCUAAAUGAGGCCAUGGAGGGAGAAAAGAAUGGCCAUCAUCACUUACCAGAAACUAGAGGACUCUGCUUGUCAGAGGAACAGACAGUUACCACCGUCUUAAGGAGGCCAAGGAUUGGGGCUGGCUAUCGGUUCAUAGACAUGAUUACUGAACCUCAUAGGCUAAUUCGUCGGUGUGAAGUUACAGCUAUUCUCAUUUUGUAUGGUCUUCCUAGGUUGCUGACAGGAUCUAUCCUGGCUCAUGAGAUGAUGCACGCUUGGCUUAGGCUUAAAGGUUAUCCAAAUCUGAGUCCGGAAGUUGAGGAAGGAAUAUGUCAGGUUUUGGCACAUAUGUGGUUGGACUCUGAGAUCUAUGCUGCAGCGGGAAGUGAUGCAGCUUCAUCGUCAUCCUCGUCAUCUGCAUCUUCUUCUUCAUCAUCAUCACCAUCAUCAUCCUCUUCCACAUCAUCAAAGAAAGGAAAGCGCUCGGAUUUUGAGAAGAAACUUGGCGGCUUUUUUAAGCACCAGAUUGAGUCAGAUUCAUCCACAGCGUAUGGAGAGGGAUUCAGGCAAGGUAAUCAAGCAGUGAACAAGUACGGUCUUAAAAGGACCCUUGAUCAUAUUCGGAUGACAGGAAGCUUCCCUUUUUGAUUCACAAAUCUUUCUUUUCACCUAAUUCGAGAACCAGAUUCCUGUCUAUUAAAAUCUUAUACAAUAGAAAAAAAUACAGAAAUAAUACAUUAUAGAACUGAAUAAGCAAAUGAAGAUGUUCAUUUGCGACUACUGUAAUUUUCUCCUCACAUAGUAUGUUAUUAGUUAUUACACUGUACUUGAAUGCUAUUAAACCAUAAGAAAGAGACAAAUACAUGUAGUAUAUAUCUAUUACGUUGUACGCUUAUUUUGUUUAUUAUUUCUUUUCCUAAA